AUGAAGAUUAACAUUGAUUUUGAAGGUGUAAAUCGCCAAUUUACAGUGGGAGAUGAUGCAACUGGUUUAGAUUUGAAAAUGAAAGUUCAGGAGAUACUUGGUUUCCAAGCUACGAACCAGAGACUCUUUAUCAACGGUUCGACAAUGCUGGAUGAUUACAGCAAAUUGGUAAGUUAUGGAAUUGUGGAUGACACUAAUAUCAGCUUCCGCUAUAAAAUCUUGAUUCAAGGACGACCAAACCAGUUUAAAACUUCCAAAGAGUAUGAGCUAUUUGUCCAUGGUGGCAACACAGUUCUGAACUUGAAGCAGAUGCUUAAUUCUGAGCAUGGAAUUGACAUCAGAACAAUCAAAUUCAAAAUAGGCAAUAAUGAUAACCUUGAUGAUAACACUAAAAUCUGGAAUUAUGACAUAAGGCCUGGUAGUCACUUAUAUACAAAGUGCGCCGCUGAAAUUUCUGCUCUGCUCACUCCUCCUUCUCAUCUUCAACUCCAGGAAUACUUUGAGGAUAUUAUAUCUGAAAGGAAAUGCCACGGUAUUGAAGUCAAACAAGAUGGAAACUUUAGCAAAGGUGUUUAUGCUACUAAGGACUUUAAAGAAGAAGAACUUAUUUUGAAGGACAAAAUACUAGUGGGUAUACAGCAUGUUCCAAAUAAGCUUGACUGUCUAGUGUGUAGCUAUUGUUUCCGAUUUAUUGAGUCAGUGGAAUAUCAGAUUGGGAGGAAACUUUAUUUUCAAAAUCUAGGAGGAUCCAGCUGCAAUGGAUGUGAUGAUGGGGAAUGUAGUUCCAGCAGCUCCAAGGAUAAAGUUUGUUUGCCUGAAGGAGUUAUAGAAUCACUGAUGAAUCGUGAAUUGGUGUUGCCUUUCUCUGACAAAUUUCCCUUGCCUUCAACCAUUCCGUGUCCUGGGGGAUGUGAAGAAGCUUACUAUUGCAGCAAAUCUUGUGCGGAGGCUGAUUGGGAAUCUUCACAUUCUUUACUUUGCACUGGGGAGAGGUCAGAAUCAGUAUCUAGAGAGGCACUUUCAAAAUUUAUACAACACGCUACUGAAACAAAUGAUAUUUUCCUCCUUGCAGCCAAGACCAUUUCUUUCACCAUUUUAAGGUAUAGGAAGCUGAAAGCAGCUCAUGCAGACCAUUCUGAACUUUCUUUACUUUUGGAGGCAUGGAAGCCAAUAUCAAUGGGAUACAAAAGAAGGUGGUGGGACUGUGUUUCAUUUCCAGAUGAUAUCGAUUGUUCUGAUGAUACUGCGUUUAGGAUGCAAAUACGGGAGCUUGCAUUCACGUCACUGCAGCUUCUUAAGGCUGCCAUAUUUGGCGAGGAAUUAUUCUCCCUUGAAAUCUAUGGGAAUAUUAUUGGCAUGUUUGAGCUAAAUAAUCUUGAUUUGGUCGUAGCAUCUCCAGUCGAGGAUUAUUUUUUGUAUGUUGAUGAUCUUCCAGAUCCUGAAAAGGAAAAAGCCGAAAAAAUUGCACAACUUCUAGAUGCUCUUGGACAGGACUAUUCGAUUUGUUGCCAAGGUACUGCAUUCUAUCCUUUACAGAGUUGCAUGAAUCACUCCUGUUGCCCAAAUGCCCGUGCCUUCAAAAGAGAUGAGGAUAGGGAUGGGCAAGCAGCAAUAGUCGUCCUCAAACCAAUUCACAAGGGAGAAGAGGUUACCGUUUCAUACAUAGACGAGGACCUUCCAUUUGAAGACAGGCAGGCUUUACUAGCAGAUUAUGGAUUCAAAUGCAGAUGCAACGCUUGCUUAGAGCAAGACCCCAACAAAACUUAG